GAAAAGUAUCUUCACUUCGACGGGUUUCGUACUAUUCGACCAAAAUCCACAUUCCAAGUCGAAGGCGUGCGCGCAGCGCGGUGCGCCCCCGUACUCUGCACUGAUUUCAGGUCAGAGCAUGAUGACGACGGCGACGAGGAGGUGGUGGAAGCGGCGCGAUGGCAGCGACGACGCCGACGACCUCGUCCCCAUGGACACCCAAGAGCAGGAGGAACUGGUCCGGUCGCUGGAGCAGAAGCAGACGCACGAGAGCCGCCGUUGGAGGCGCGUGUUUGCGGGGUUCCUCCUUGGUUAUGCGGCCUUUCUCGUGUACUCCAGCUUCCACCAUGCCUGGUCUCCCUGGGAGCUGCGAUAUCAUGCUUACUUUAUGGAAGAUAUGCCUGCGCCGAUGGUCAUAAUUGCAGAUUGGGUAGCUGCCAUUGCAUGUUUAUUUGCAGUUAAGGGUCUAGUACUAUCAUCAAGCUCCUCCAGGAAGUGGAUGUGGUAUUCAUUCUAUGUAGGCAUGGCAGUUGCUGUCUUCUGGACAUACUACCUCUUGAAAUUACCAAGAAUACGAUGGGAUGCGGUGUGGCUUCCCUUUGGCCCUUUAAUUGCUUCUACAUUGAGCCUCUAUAUUGACCAUACGCUUCUAAAGUCAAUGCAAGAUAUCAGUACAUUGAGGAGCUAUAUGUACAACUUCAAGUCCCUGUAAUGUCGAGCAUAUGAUUGUUCUUGAUCUUGCAGUUAGCUCUUUUUGGAAAUGGGAAGAUCUUGCUCUUAGCUCUACAUGGGCGGUUGAAACUUAUGUUCUGUCACUUUCUUUAUCAUCUCCUGUUCUCUCCCUCCCAAAACCAUCAUGUCAAAAUUCUAAUAUACUCAAAUUGCAUCAGUUUACCAGAGUAGUUUGUGUACUUGAGAAUUGUCAGGUCUCCUAACAUACGGAAUGCUGAUAUGAAUCAGAUACCUUUGUAUUUGUAUGGCUAUACUCUUAUCAUUGUCACUUGCGUACUUUUCAUAUGACACUCGGUAUUGAAGAUCUUUUUUGCUGAAA